GGAGUCCUGAUGUGUUGGCAGCCAUGUUGAAACUCUGGAGUGCACUACUCUGCCAGAUGGCAAUACAUAUCACUUACCACACUGUCAAAGCAAACCUAUGCCUUGGGGGUCAGGACAUCUUUGCCACAGUCAGAGAAAACAGCCCCACUGGAGAGUUCAUUGCAAACCUCAGCAUCAUUGGAGACCCAGCAGCCAAUAGCCUGCGCUUGUCCCUCACCGGAGACAAUGCUGAUUGGUUUUUUCUAGAGGGUAAAACCAUUAGGCUGAACUCAUCCUUCUCAAGGGCCCUGGAUCGAGAGGUCCAGGGAUCAAUUUUAAUGGCAGCUUUGACAUGCUAUGAAGAAGAUACAAUACAGAGUAAAUAUAGGAUAAUGGUGGAGAUUCUUAAUGAAAAUGACAACAGACCAGCAUUUCUAGAACAUACUAUUCAACCGUUCCGUAUAAGUGAGCUGACUCCGAUAAACACUGUGGUGUUCACUGUCCAGGCCAGCGACGCAGAUGAAGAUAUCAUCAUGUAUGUUAUUGACCGAAAUUGGCCUGACGCCUGGUACUUCAGGAUAGACCUACCCAACAGCGGCAAAGUCAUUCUGGAUAAACCGUUGGACUAUGAGACCAAAACGCACCUGGAGUUUGUCAUUUAUGCUGCGGAAAUGAACACCAGGGAGAAGAACAGUGCCAUGGCCACCAUUACUAUCAACGUGCUGGAUGGGGAUGACCAGUACCCUCGUUUUCUGCCUUGUACCCCUCUCUCUAAGGACCAGACACACCCCAUCUGCAUUAACCCGAUCUACAUUGUCAACAUCACGGAGAAGGACCAGAGCAAAGUCUUAUAUUUCUCUCCUGGCCCAGUAUGUGCUGAGGAUGGAGACAGGGGUCUGAGAACACCAUUGCUUUACAGAAUCCUGUCAGGUGCUGACAAUGGGAGGUUCCGCGUUAACAACGAGACAGGAGAGGUUGUACUGACGAGGCCUGUGGAGAACAGACUGCUGACCCCUAUUCACAGACUAAGGAUCAUGGCUUUCCAAAUAGAUGACCCAAAAAAGUACACGGUGGCAACAGCCCUGGUCCGCGUUCUGGCUGAGAACCACUUCCCUCCUCGGUUCAACAAAACCACGUACAAGGGCCUCAUCACAGAGAACAGUGACGCGGCGGCGCUGGUCAGCACCUACGAGAACACUGUCCUAGUGCUCCAAGCCACCGACCUGGAUUUCAGAGAAGGGAUCAACCCUCAAAUCCAGUAUUCUUUAAGGCCAAAGUCUAACAACACAACACACAGACUCUACCGUAUCACACAGGAAGGCCUUGUGAUUGCCAGAACCAAUCAUCUGAAAGCAUUUGAGAAGCACUUCUUGGAGGUGCUUGCUACAGAUCCAGAGUCAGGAGAGGUGGCCAAAGCCUCCAUUGUCAUUGAAGUUCUCCAGAAAGGACACCAAGUUUUUGUUUCAGCACCCCACAGCCCUUUUGGAGAGCAGUGGACGCCCGGCAGGAUGGACGUGGGUACGGCGUGGGGUGUCGCCAUAGCGGCGCUGCUGUCACUGGGGGCUGCCGCUGUCCUGUUCCUGCAGCUGGUCAGGAGGCGGCAACGGGAUCCGGCAGAUCGGGGGUCGGUGGCACUGGGGAAACACCCCAAUGUGGUGAACCAUGCAAGACCAGUGCCUCUAACGGAGGAAAUCUAUCACAAUGAAGCAUUUGACAAUAGCAGCAUGAGCUCACUUGCGCACGGCAAGCAUGGAAUGUAUACCAAAAAAACGAACAUGCCGGCAGUGAGGCCGUUCGGCUGGGAUCGUGAUGGCUCCACCUUUCCGAGCCAAGCCCCGCCAGUGUUCGUGGUCCCUGUGCCCCCUCCGGGGAGUGCCUCGUCCUCCAUUCUGUCCAAUGGGAAAACACCCGACAGGUCUGUUGUAAAGUCUGUGUCAUUUCAGGAAGAAAGCGUGGUGAAAGACAAACAGUGGUGCGGUGAGGGCCGGCCAAGCUCUGGAGGGGUAGAAAUGCACACCCUCCUCCAGGCAGAUUGCUUGACUCCUUGGCUGGCGGCCAUAACUGCUUCUGUACCAGGUGACUCAGGUCACAUGGGAGGAAGAGACGCAGAGGACAGUCUUGAUGAAGCAAAGCCACAUGGUGAUACUACACCCCCAGAAAGUUCAAAAGAACAGGAAAACACCACGUGUAGUGAUGAUGACGGUGACAAUGAUGAGGUGAAUGAGCGUGAACGGGAGAAUCAGUACCCAAGUCCAUGCACUCCGUGAUCUGCAUCUCACAGGAAGAGGACCAGGGUAACAACUGUGAAGGACAGCAUUGUAAUGAGCCACGUUACAGCAAGGAGAUGAAGGAACCUGAUGAAAAAAAUGGUCAGCAUGAGACUGCUCUUCCUCCUUGCCAGGGGACAACGUCUGCAACGGCGAGCCAGUCAGACAACAAACAGAGGCAACCAUAGAACCAAACCUGCCACUCUCCACAGUCUGAACUUUUCUUUUUUCCUUUUUUAAUUGUGCUCUUAAAGAAUAAUGGUGUUGAAAGUCAUGAAAGAUAUUAUAUUUAUAAUGUGAAAUUUGUGUUUUAUACAUCUUAUAUUGCAGUUGCUCUGUUUCAGGGAUGAGGAGAAAUCAUAUCUGCAUAUUACAUAUUUAUACUGAAUGUUGUGGUAUGUCCUUAGAGACCUAUGAUGUCUUGUACAUACUGUAAAAAUAAUUAGGCUGACAAACCCAUGCAAUUACAGAGAGCGGAAGAUUGCUGUAUUACAAAUUGUAACCAGUGUUAGUGCCUGUUAUGUGGCUUGGUUGCCAUUUUGUUGAUAUCCAGUCUACCCUGAGCCUGAACUGUGGUGCUAUACAGCUUUUUGCUGGACGUCAGCGAAGGGGCAUAAGAGGUCACGAAAGCUGGUUGACAUGCUCAGCAGUAAUCUUUUCACAGGCGAGAGAGCACAUCCACAAGCAUUACUUUAAUCUCCCGCCCAUCACUCUGUUUAAUCCUACAACAUGUCCCAAAUGCAUAGCUGCAUAUAUAACAAUAAAAAAUGCUGUCACAAAAAUCUAGAGUCAAAUUAAUACUGCAAGAUUUAAAGCCAUUUUCUAAAGAAAUAAGGUGGUUUGACAUGCAUCAUGCCCUAAAUUAACCUUGUGUGCAUGAAGUGUGUUCAGUAUGUACCAAGACUGAACAUAUUCAUGAGGUUUCAUUUCAAAUACAUGAAAAAUACAGAAAAUACAUCAGCAUUUAUAUACUCCAAAGGGGCGUGGGUGUAAUGCUAUGUGGUUUCA